AUGGAUGAUGUGACAAUUGAAGAUGAAGUGGAUUCAAAUUCACCAAUUUUCUCUCAAUCACAGGGAAAAACUAAUUUCUUUGAAAAGUCAUUUUUCGACAAAAUAAUUACUUAUCAAUGGAUUAUUUUCGUUGUUUUACUUAUUGCAAUUGUGAUUUAUUAUAAAAAACGAAAUUCUCCAAGAGAAAAUCGUUUAUCCACAGAACAAACAAUAAAUCAAUAUGAACAGAUGGAAAAAGUGCGACAACAACAACAGAAACGAUAUGAACAAGAAGCUCAACGUCGUUUAGCAGAAAAACAAGCGAAACUCGAAGCAAUGAAAUCGACAACAGAUGAAAAUCCAACUCGAUUGAAAUAUCGUUCAUCAGAUCAUAAUCCAUUAACAGGACAAUCAAAUCGUUCUAAUGGAGAUUCAUGUGCAUGGCGACCUUCUUCUUCUCGACGAAGACCUCAAGCAGUUUAUCGCGAAAGAUCUCUUCAUAAUGCUACAUAUUAUUACAUAGUUUCAUUAUCUUUAGCUGAUUUAUGUGUUGGAAUUCUUAUUUGGCAUAUUACUGAUGUUGGUGCAUCAACUGCAUCGAUUUUAGCAUUAUGUGUUAUUUCAAUUGAUCGUUAUAAAGGAAUUCGAUCUCCAAUAACAUAUUCUCAAUCAUUUUUACGAAAACAUUCGUCAAUUGUCAUUGGUUCAAUUUGGUUUUGUUCGGGAUUUCUUUCGGUUCCGUUUGUUCUUUUUCUCGGAGAAAAAAAUUCAAGUAAAAUUCAACGAUGCGAAUUUCCAUCUGAUCCAAUCUUUGUUUUAAUCUCUUCAUUGAUUUCAUUUUAUAUUCCAUUGAUCAUCAUGGUGUUUGUUUAUGGGAAAAUUUUAAUUUUUUCUCGAAAACAAAUUCAAGCAUUUCGUCAAGGUUAUAAACAAACGAAAAGUCUUCAGGAAAUGUCUUCAACACCUUUCUUUCUUCCAUCAAUUCGUUUAAAAAAAUUUUCACGAAGAAAAUCUUCAACUGAACAACAACAAAUUACAUUAAGAAUUCAUAAAGGAAAAUAUAAUCAAUCAUCUCCAGAUAAUUCACCAUUAGAUCAUCGUUCAUCGUCUUUAUCAUUGAUUUUUCUACAAAGAUUAAGAAAUAUUCGUCGAACACGAAGUUGGUCAAGAUUUUCUCAUGAACAUAAAGCAGCGAAAGUUUUACGAAUUGUUAUGGGAGCAUUUAUUGCAUGUUGGUUACCAUUCUUUCUUUUUCAUUCACUUACUUCGAUUUUUCAUUUACAAAUUUCAUCACAAUUUCAACAAGAACUUUUUCGUUUAUUUACUUAUCUUGGUUAUACAAAUUCAGCUUUGAAUUUCUUUGUUUAUGCUUUAACAUCAAAAGAAUUUCGUUUAGCUUUUAUUAAACUUCUUUGUCCUCGACAUUAUGUUCAAAGAACUUUAUUUAAACAUUAUUAUCAUCAUCAACAAAGACAAUUACAAAAUAUUUAA